AUGGAAGGCCAACAGGGAGUAGUGAGUGAAUAUAUAGCACCCUGUGAUCAAAGAAGAGUAUUUGUCUCUGGCUUCACAGGCAGUUCAGGAGUUGCAGUUGUGACAGAAGAGGCAGCAGCAUUAUGGACAGAUGGGAGGUAUUAUCUGCAGGCAGAGCACCAGCUUGAUCAUAACUGGACGUUGAUGAAGGAUGGACUUCCUGAUACACCAUCACAAGGGGAUUGGUUAAAUAAGGUUUUACCUCUAGGGAGCAGAGUUGGUGUGGACCCUUUCAUGGUGUCUUAUGAUAUGUGGAAACCUUUAGAAAAGAAACUGGCUACAGCAGGACAUAGCCUUGUGCCUGUGAGUCAGAAUCUAGUGGAUGUGGUGUGGGAAGAUCGUCCAGCUCCUCUUUGUAAUCAAGUGGAACCUUUACCGUCAUCAUAUACAGGAAAACACUGGAAGGAAAAAAUUAUGGAAAUAAGAGAAGAAAUGACAAAAGAAAUGGCAGAAUCUUUGUUAGUUACAGCAUUGGAUGAAGUUGCUUGGUUAUUCAACUUACGGGGAUCUGACAUUGACUUUAAUCCUGUAUUCUUUGCUUAUGCUGUUGUCACAAUUGAUUCUGUGUUUUUGUUUAUUGAAGAAAGCAAGCUUACCCCUUCAGUGCACCGACAUUUCCAAAAUGAUGAUAGUUCUGAUAGUAUAAAAGUUGAAAUCAGGCCCUAUAAGAUGAUUAAAGAAUUCCUAAUGUACUUAGUUAAUCAGAAGCCAGGCAAAAUAUGGAUCAGCAGCAAAUCAAGCUAUGCCUUAGUGAGUCUUGUGCCUAAGAGUCGCUGGAUAAAAGCACCAAAUCCUGUUCUAUUAAAGAAGGCAGUGAAGAAUGAUGUGGAGAUUGAAUGUGUGAGACAAGCACAUAUAAAAGAUGCAAUAGCUAUUUGUGAAUUUUUGGCAUGGUUAGAAGAAGAAAUACCUAGUGGACAAGUGACAGAAAUUUCAGCUGCUCAAAAACUUGAGAAAUUCAGAAGUCAACAGACUGACUACAUUGGACCAAGCUUCGAAAUGAUAUCAGCAUCUGGUCCUAAUGCAGCUAUCAUCCACUAUCGACCAGUUGAGGAAACGAACAGGACACUAUCGACUGAUGAACUCUACUUAUGUGAUUCAGGUGGUCAAUACAGGGAUGGAACAACUGACAUAACCAGAACCUGGCAUUUUGGGAGCCCAUCUCAGUAUGAAAAAGAGUGUUUCACUAGAGUUCUGAAAGGGCAUAUUGCUUUAUCAUCUGCCAUUUUCCCAAAUCGAACAAAAGGACAAAUGCUAGACACGUUAGCUCGUAAAGCCCUCUGGGAGGUAGGACUUGACUACUUACAUGGUACUGGCCACGGUGUGGGUGCUUACCUUAAUGUUCAUGAAGGACCUUCAGGCAUCAGCUGGAGACCCAAUUCAGAUGAUCCUGGAUUAACAGAAGGGGUGAUACUUUCAAAUGAACCAGGUUAUUAUGAAAAUGGAAGAUUUGGUAUAAGAAUAGAAAACGUUGUCCUGGUGAAAAGUUGUGAAACUAAGUAUAACUUUAGAAAUCAGGGUUUUUUGACCUUUGAGCCCCUUACUUUGGUGCCCAUUCAGACAACACUUUUAGAACCUUCUAUGCUGUCUGCACAAGAGGUUGAUUGGUUGGACUCAUACCAUGGACUUUGUAGAGAUAAGGUAGGUAAGGCUCUAGAGGAGCAGGGACGACAUGGUGCACUUCAGUGGUUGUUAAGAGAGACCCAGCCUCUCGGGUAGAAGAAGCUGCCUGUUACAGGAACAUGUGGUCAGAAUUUUCUUUAUUACAAAGAACUGAAUAAGUAUUAAAAAAACAUAUAAUUCAAAAUAUAUACAAAUCAGUGUGAACCAUGAUUUUAAAUUUAAAGCAUUGAUCUUGUAGAGAAACAAUUGUUCAGUUUUGUUUUAAACAAAACAUGAUGUUAAUGUAAUUCAGUGUUCUGACUUGUGUUAAACAAAGUUUAGGUCGUGUGAUGACACAGUGAAUACUGUUUGAUGUAUAGUCUGUUGACCGAGUUUACUUUAUAGAGAUUCAAAGUAGACAGCUGAUAUGUUUGUCUUCCAGUUUCAAUAUGAAAGUUAUGUUUUUCUAAUGUACAUAUAAAUUCCUGUUGACUUGAUUUAUUACCAGUAUCUUGUUAAAAGUAUCAUUUUUCAAAAUGUGUUUCAAAAGUAAUUUUCCCUGAGAAAAUAGAAAUGCAAUGGAAAAGAAAUCAAGGAUGUUAUGUUAUUUUGCAUUUGUAAUAAUAUUUUCCUGAACUCAAAAUGGUUAAGUAAAUUAGUGUUCCAGAAGCUAGUUAGAACUUAAUAUGUCUUAGUAUUAACACAUUUUUUGUGAUUCUAUGACAGCUUUGAUUCCUGUAUGGGAAGCAUAGUUUUUAUCAUUUAUGCUGUUAAAUGGUUAUAAUUUUAAGUUGGAAAUAACUGUUGAUCUUCACCAGUGUUUAUUUACUGUUAGCUUGAUGGAGUAAAUGACACAGCAACCUUUAUAUUAUGACAGUUGCACAAUUAGAUCCUGCACCUCAGUAACGAAUGAUAAUUCAAGAUAAUUGUGGUAUAGCAAUACUGGUAUGAAUCUAAAAAAGCUACAGCUACAGUAUAUAUUACUUGUGAAUUGCAUAUUAGAUUCAUUCUUGAAUUUAACUAUAGCUAACAUCCAUUUAAAUCCCUGAACUGAUUCAUGUUAAGAAUAUUAAAAGCUAAGUUAUAUAAUUUUUUUCUUCCUUUUCCAUAAUGACAAAGACCUGAAGUAUGCAGUUCCAAGUUUCAUUAGUAAUUUAUUACCCUUGGAAACAUUAAUUUUAUCAUGAGAGCAAUUCUUCUGUCUUUUCUUUCUGUUUUCUAAACCCAUGGGGACCUGCUUCUAGGAUUCUCUACAUCAGUCUGGCUCUCAGUGUACUUGAGAGUAAAAUGUACCAUGUAACAAACUUGCUGCUGAAUGAACACUUGUUUGGUUUGCUAAUAAAUUAGUGCUUUUUGUGAUGAGGAACUUUCUCUGUAUCAGUGCUUGUAUUUCUUACUGAAUUUCUUUUUCAACCAGCUAUUCCAUCUUAUGGAUCAACUCUUUGAAAAGCUAUUUUUUCUUUUAUUGGACAGUUUUCUCAAUAUAUGCUGAGAUGCUAUUUUUUGACCUUUUGUUGUUUUAAAAACAAAUUUAUUAUGCCUUCGAUAUUAUAUCUAGUAAUAUCCUGUGAUUCUCUCAAAUAUCAUAUACUGAUUCACAAAUGUUUGUGUUCUGUUUAAAACUGCAGACAGCUUGAAUACUGUUUUAAGUUUUCAGGAAUUGGCUUGCUGCAAAUAUAUUUGGUAGUUUUGCCACUUUUAUAAGUUUACUGUUACCUAAAAGUCUGUUUUAAGAGAUUUUAUCUAUAUUAUAUCAGCCACUAUUUUUGCUGCUUUCAAGUUAAUGUUGUGCUAGGCAUCUGUUUUGUUUCUUCACUCCUCAGGCUGAACCUUGUAUCGUUGUUCACCAAUUUAUCUUUGCAUAUUUCUACUUCCAGUAUAAUGUUAAAUUGGAUUUUGUGACACAAAAGCACUCUGAUUUUCAUUCUCUAUUCUUUAUUUGAUCUCAGUAUUUCAGAACAGAAGUAAGAAUUAUUUUGUUACAAGCAUUAUUCAUGACAUUUUUUAUGAUACUCAAUUUUUGAUUUUAAAUCUCAACCAUUAAUUGACCAAAUAUACUAGCUUAUAGCUGCCAUUAAUCUAUGGUGCACAUAUCUGUAGCUAGUUAUGACAGAAAUACUGGUACAUUUACCUAGGAGUAAUAAUCUUUAUUGCAAGAAUACCAUCAGAAGCUGAUAUAACAACAUACAAAACUGAUCACAAAAAUAUUUUACAUCUUAAAGCAUGUAAUAGUCGUGUCACAGGAAUUACUAUUACAUUUUAACAGUUGUUGUCACAACAAAUAUUGCUACAUCAUCUUUGAAGCAACAGUAUGUUUCAAUAACUGA